UCUUCCGACUGUCUCUGGUUAGUCUAUUGUCACAGGCUAAUAAUAUGUCUUUUGGGUGUACUGAAGCAUGACUUCACAGUCCACGCAGCAGCUUUCUUUUUGGCGGCUGGUAACCUGAUUCCCAAGGCAACUGUUGCCACCGCAAAACACUCAGUGAAUGCACAGGCAUGUCACAGUUUAAUCUCUAACUAGCUCCAGUGCAGGUAUUUGCUUUACAUUUUGAGUUAUGAUUCAAUACAAAUCAGAACUGCAACUUUUAGAAGAUAAUUAAAUAGUGCAGGAUUUGACAUUCAUUCCACGAAGACGUCUCUGGUGGGCGAACAGAAGAAACUGCUUGAACAACAAAAUGAGACUACCAGCCAUCUCUAUAGCCUCCACACCAGUGUGUCUCCCUCACGACACACUUCCUGUCCGGCAGAGUCGCUGCCUGGUGGUCACUCCCAUGAUAUUUCCCAGCAUCUCAGACUCUGCCCGGCUGUGGACAAGCAGCCAGAGUAUUCCAAGACUGAACCCUUUACAUCCACCUUUGGUCCCUAAACGCACCGUCAGCCUGGAGACGCCAGCUGUUCACCACCACAACCACCAGAGGACACUAAUUAUGCAGAGAAGAGAGCACCACAGGUAUCAUCAAGUGUGGAGAAAACCUUUCUAUGGAACCAGCACUGAGAGAGAAGAGUACAGGAAGGAGUUACGAGAGCAGUUAAAGAGGCAGAUAGAGGAAAAAUGUGCAGCACUGAAGCUGCAGCUGGCCAGUAAAGAGAAGGAAGCCGAGCAUUUACGAGAAGUGGACCGCCUCGCCCUGUCCAGCGAGAGUGAGCUAAGGAUCCGGCACAGCAAAGCAAUGACAGCAUACAGAGAUGAGAACAAGAGGCUAAUGGAGCAGAGCUGGAGGGACAGAGCACUAACACGCUCCCAGGAGACGCUAAAGGAGAGAGAGCUGCUGUGCCUCAACCCCAUUAACUGGAGUGGAACACUGAAAUAAGCUGAACCUCGACAUCCAGAGUCAAGACUUGAAACCCUGGCCUCUCUGCAGCAUUUGGGGCAUACAUAAGUGACAGAUGAAAAUGGGAUGCAACAUAUAUAAUAAAUGUAAUUAGUGUUGUAAUAGCCAUUGAAAGUACUUUAAAGGGAUAUUUCUAUGAUUUUCUAAACUGGGAAAAACCAAAUGAAGGUUUUCAGCAUCAGAUUAUUUCCUAUCUUACUUUAGAAUUUUUUUCUUAUCGGCUUUUUUUUUUGGUAAAGUAUCAACAUUGAUACUAGAGAUAUCAUCUUUUUUAUUCUGUGCAUUUUUCCUUGUGCCUACAUUACCCAAAAUACAACCUGGCCACAAAUAGUUCUGUUGGAGAUUUGGGUGUGUUAUGCUAGGAAUGGCUAAUGUAGCCUGGAGCUGCUAACCUCAAGCAGAGAUGAGGAGCAGGCUACAGAGGUAUAGUAAAGUCCAACUCCACAUCCCCAUAUUUUUUUUUUUUUUUAAACUUGUAGUCUAGUCCCAAACAACAUUUUUCUUAAAUUCAUAUUUCGCACAGCUCCCUCUGGAGAUACAGGACAAUUUUUCACAUCUGCAGCAGCCCUCCCAAUAAUUCUGUCUAAUCAAUGGAGUUUCCCCCUUAAAGUAACAUAAUGCUCCUUUUUUUUUACCUUAAAAUAACAACUUCAAAAUAAUUUUGUUGGUGGAGAAUAACGUCUAUUUCAUUCCCAUUUCAGGCACCUAACACUUUUUUUUGCACUAUGUAACUUUGGUGAGCAGGUGGGAUCUCCUGUAAGAAGUUAUGCUUUACAGAGGCUAGCUCAGUAUACUCAAUAUCGACAUGAAGGC